AUUGGAUGACAGUAGGAGCUAUAGGUAGGAGCGUAGGUGGGAGUAUAAUUGAAGAUAUUUCUUUUCAUUGUGAUAAGUGGGCUUAUAUUUAAUUUAUUUAAAUGUGUCGUUAGCUGCUUUUUUCCAAUUCUCUAAUGGCGAAUGACAGAGAAGUAUUACGUGAAAUUUGGGAUGGAAAGUUACCAAUCUGCUUUCAAUUACAUCAAGAAGAAAUAAUGGAAAUUCAACAGCCCGAUCCGUUCUAUGUAAUGGUUCCCAGAUUAAGUUAUUUUCCUUUGGUUACUGAUAAGAGUUUCUUUGCAACUUUCCAGAUGAAACGACAUUUUCUAAGAUACACAUCUCAAGAAAAUGCAGAUAAUGAAAUGUGGCUUGACUUCAACGGGCAACCCCUCAAGUGGCACUAUCCUAUAGGGUUUUUGUAUGAUCUCUUUUGCGGAAACGACCCGCAGCUGCCAUGGAACCUCACUGUGCACUUCACCAAGUUCCCAGAAGCUGUGCUCCUACAUUGUCCCAACAAAGAUGUUGUGGAAGCACAUUACAUGUCUACUGUAAAGGAGGCUGAUGUCCUCAAGCAUCGGGGCCAAGUCAUGUCUACCAUGCAGAAAAAAGAUCACAAUCAGUUAUGGCUUGGCUUGCAGAAUGACAAAUUCGAUCAGUUCUGGGCAAUAAACAGAAGAUUGAUGGAGUCGCACGGUGAUAGCGAAGGCUUCAAGCACAUUCCAAUACGAAUAUACUCCGACGACGGAACCUUCAGUCAGCAUCUAGUCAGUCCAAAGAACAGUGAUAAAAGUAGGAAAAUACUCCAGCAGAUGAUAGCAGAACUAUAUCCUGAUAAGCCUGACGUGAAGUUACGGACGCACGGCAUCGUGAUACCGCGCGACGCGCCGCUGCAGUGGCUGUCGGAGCACCUCAGCUACCCGGACAACUUCCUGCACCUUUGCUUGUGCUAACUUUGCUUAAUAGUAACAUAUAUACUUAAUCAACAAUAAAUUUAACGCAUUCCUUAAA